AUGGAACCGAAACGAUAUGUCGACCGGAAGGCGGCCAGUCAGUCCUAUAGGCCAAAGAGCAACUUGAUGUCCCCCGGGCUCAAACGGGCUCGUGAACCGUUUAAAUACCGAAACGCGUUCACAGGACUUGUAUUGGGCGGAUUUGUCGUCGGAGUAUGGGCGUAUUCCAUAAGCGCGGUCAAGCAGGAUGUCUUCGAUGAUAUUGACGAAGAAGCCCGCGAAAUGGCCAAGCCGACGGGCAAUGCGACCGCAGCGACCGCGGACGUUGAGAAAAGUCUUCCUACACCGAGCGUACCCACUAUCAUCACUGCGCCGCAGGUACCCCUGCCUGAUGUGCGAUCGGGCGCCCCGCCGAGGGGAAUACUGGCCAAGUUCCUGGAAGCCAGGUAUCCGGCAGUGCUUGAUCCAAAGCAGAAGACAGUCGUUUGGGGCGCGCCAUCAGUAGAUGCGCCGGGUCGAAUUCAAAAGUCUUGA